GACCCAGCUGAGGGGAUGGAGGGGGAGGGGGAGGGGGACGAGGCUCCGGCUCACCCCGGGGAGUCCCCUGUGGAGGCAGAGGGCCCGGCGGCCGGAGAGGAGGGGCCGGAGGAGGCCGAGGGCGACAGUGCCCUUGAGAAGCCGGCGGGGGAAGAGGCUGCCGCGGAGGAGGGGGAGGCAGAGUCGGAACCCAGAGCGGGCACGGAGCCUCCUUCCCCGGCCGCUGAGGGAACCCCCGAGGCCGAGGCGCCCACCAGCGCCAGCUUCACGGAGGGCGAGGCCGAGGAGCCGCCCCCGCUGCAGGUGCGGGAAGUGCUAAGCCCCCAGGAGGGCUGGGGGGAGGGGCUGGGCAGCCCGGAGGAGGCGGCGCGGCGGCGGCGCGCGGAGCUGACCGAGCAGUACCGCCUCCUGCUGGCCGAGCGCGAGCGCACGCGCCGGUACAACGGGCACCUGCAGUUCAAGCUGUGCGAGCUCUUCCGCAAGAAGGGCGAGGAGCCGCCCCGCGCGGAGCUGGAGGAGCCCGUCUCCGCCAAGGAGCGCCGCUACGCCCGCUCCCUGGCCCUGCUGGAGGAGCUGAGGAGCCAGCUGGCCCGGCAGAGGGCAGGGGACCAGCUCCAGAUAGACGACCGGGAGCGGCGCUGCACGGGAAAGCUGGAGCAGGUGAACGCCGACUGGCUCGCCUUCCAGGCCUGCAAGAAGGAGGUGACCCUCUUCACCCUGGGGCGCCAGCUGGGGGGCAAGGGCGCCGCCAUUAAGGAGGUGGAGCACAUGCAAGCCAAGGAGCAGCGGAAAGAGAAGGAGAUGAGUGAGGGCCGGUUGGAAAACAUCAAGCUGCAGCAUAAGGUUGAAAAGCUUGAAGCCAGCCUGAAAGCUCAAGAGGAGGUGGCAGAAGGACUGCACCUGAUAGACUUUGAGCAGCUGAAAAUAGAGAACCAGACCUACAAUGAGAAAAUUGAGGAGCGCAAUGAAGAGCUUCUGAAGUUCCGGAAGAAGAUCACUAAUACAGUGCAAGUCCUGACCCAGCUCAAAGAAAAAUUGCAGUUUGUAGAAGCUCAGAAUCAAGACCAAAGGGCCCAGCUCAUGGAGAUUGAGGCACUGGUGGCCCAGAAAAGAGAGAUUCUGACCAGAACAAAACAGGCUAGGGAUAGUUUACGGGUACACAACCUGAAGUUGCGACAGAAGUGUGGGCUUCUUGGAAGUGAGGUACUGCUGCGGGACUUCGAGAACAAGGUGGAUGCUGCUGAAGUGCUAAGUCAGCAGCUGGAGAUGCUGAAACGUCACCAUGCUGGACUCACCCUUACUUGCAAAGCUGUAAAGAAAAAAAUCAAGGAAGCAAAAUCCUUUCUACCAGAAUGAGGAUUUUGGAGAAGAAAGUGAGGUUAAGACAGACAAACAAAAAUUGAGCACUUAAAUUGGUUUAUUUAUCUCUGAUAGUGUCUUUCAUGUACAGGCUUGGUAUAUAGUAAAAGGGUGAAAUAUUCUCAAUUUCACAUCUAAAUGAAAACUUUGUUUCCCAAGUUUUAAUAUUAUACAUUCCAUCAGGAGACUGCCAUCAAGUUAUGCCUUUUUCAAUGGCUCAUGAAAAAAACAAGCAUAUUUGGCUAAUUACUCUAUCAGAUAUUUUAAGUAUGCUUUUAAAAAACACACACACUGGCACUAUUCUAAUCACUGGCAGCAACACCUUCUGGGGUAAGCAAAAAACUGCAAGUCAAAUGCCCUCAGAUUCCAGUCCUGGUUCUGCCACUAACUCACUGUGUGGCUUUGGGAGUCUGUUCCCCACAAUGCUAAUGUAGGUGUACUUACCUACCUGUGUCUCAGACAUUUUUUGAGGAUUAAUUUUUGUAAAACUCUGAAGAUAUAAAGUGAUAUAGAUUGUAAAUAAUACAAUUUACCAGGAGCUUGUUUUAGUAUUAAUACAUAGCAGUUAUAUGCACAAUACACUGAACAGGUGUUAACUAACCUAGUUAUCCUCAAGCUGUGGUUGGUGAAGCACUUGUGAUCCGCAGCAUCUUCCCUAUUGGUCCACAGAAUUAAACAGCAGAGAAUUAAACAGCCAAGCAGCAGAGAGUUGAAAGGGAGAUCCAUGAAAAGUUCUCUUAUGAAGAUGUUCACAGAAUGCAAGAGCUGCAGAAUUAUGCAUGCUAAUUAAUCCUUAAAUCGUCCUUGUGAGGGAGUUAAUUUAUUGGCCACUGGUGGAUGAAAAAUCUUUGUAGAGGGCAGGAUUGCAUGCACUGGUCUAGUAAGUAAUGAGUGGCUAGUGACUGACCUUUUUCUGGUUUCUAAAGUUAGAAGAAAUGUCUCUACAGCAGUGAAAUAAUGUGGGUCAGAACAGUGGCCGGGGGUUAUAACUUCAGUACUUAAUGAGCAAGAUGACAAGGAGUAAUUUUAACAUUGGCAUUUAUAUACUAAGGCAAUAGACACCUUAGACAUACUUUACCUGGAGAUCCAAAUCUCUUCUAACCCCAGUAAAUCAUGCUGGUUCAUUGUAGACUUAGUACAGAUCCUAAACUACACAAGUUGAUGCAAUAAGCAUAAUUAGACAUAUCAGUCUCAAGGUCUGCACACGUUCAACAUACAUCUGAGAAAUGACAGCAUCCUGAGGUUCUAAUUACAAAAUGAACAAAAAAUAGCCUUCUCAGUAACAGUCCAGUGCACUAGAUCUUGCCAAACAAGAAUCAGCAAACAAACUUAUUGAGUUUUCUUAGCUAAGAUGUAUAAAAGAGUAAAUUAAAAAGCAUUAAGAAGUUUCUAAAAACGUUUACAACUUUUUUUUUUUCUAAGUGAUCUCUGAAGUAGCUUUUCUGAAUCACCUUAACAUUGGGAAAAAAAAUUGAUACCACACCUAAAAAAUUCUCAGUUGGGAGGGAGGAAUUGGGAUCAUGAUGGAAAGCUGGUCAUUUUAUUACUGAGAGCAUAAAAGGUUUGUCUUCUAUCCUGGAGAGACGACAGUCUCUGAAAACAAUCCUGCAUGGUCUUGGAACAAAUUAGAUGUUUUUCAUCUUCUCUAAUUAGUUUGAUUUGAUGAUGUCCCUUAAAGUCUUUUUUUUUGCAAAAUGGUUUGAGUCACAGCAAAACAAUUCAACUGUAUUAAAUACCCCAUUUUUAUGUUUAUUGGUUUUUAGUGCUCUACUAAAUCACCAGUAGUGAUGAGAGUCUAGAAAGUAGGUUGACUAAUUGGGGCAAAACACCACUACUCAGUUUAAUCUUUUCUCUCUUGCAGAAACUAGCCAGCACAUGGAGACAUAUCAAUAAAUAUAGUGGCCAACAUCUUAAAUGAAAAAGGGAAAUAAAUUAUUUAUAAAACCCGGUUUCUUUCAGGUUAAGCCCAGUUACUCAGGCAAAUAGGUAAGCUCUUCAUCAGCUAAAAUUUUAAGUUAAAGAUGUCCUGUUGUGCAGUACAGCAUCUAUUUGGUUUCCUACUCAGUUAUUUUGGUAAAGAUAUAAGGACAUACGAGUAAUGGACUCCCUGUAACAGAAUUACACUAUCUAAUUCAGCCUCAGUAUGAUGAUCAAGUUACAGUUCUCUCUCACCAUAGCAUUUAUGAAGCUUGCUCCAUUUUCUGUUUUACUUACUCUCCCACUACUCCAGAGGAGCAGUAUGUAUUAUUCCUACUUUUUGAUGCAUGUUCCAAAGCCCUACUAGUGUAGUUGGAUUUCCUUUAAAUAGUCUUCUUACACUUUGUUCCUUUUGUCUCAAGUGAAAAAAUAAAAUGGCUUAUGUGACACUUUUUAAGACUGUUAAGCAGCAAGGGCUAACAUGCCUUUCACUUUCAGGUACAUAUGGCCUGAGGAAGGAGAGGCUAGUAGGCACGGAAAAGCAGCUCUUCAGUGUGGAGGUUUGACUGAGAUGGGGAAGAAUGUAGGGAGCAAAUGCACUCUGCAGCUGUUAAAAACAAACUAACAUUCACUUAAUCUUAUGCAACUUCCUUGGAAAUUUCGUGUCCCAAUGUUGUGAGAACAAACAGUUACAACUCUGGUCUUCCAAAGCCCUUCCUCCUGAGAAAAUUGAUUAGAAUUUGAAACUGUAACCAGAAGUCGGCAACGUGUCCGUACACUGACACCAGUGUCUAUAGUAAAAAUUUUGAGGUCCGCGGGGGUGCUUACCUCAGGCAGCUCCCCGCAAGUGUCUUUCUCCCCACCUCCAUGCUGUUGCUGGUGGAGGUGUGGCCAGGCGCCUCUGUAGGCAUGCUGCCUCUGUGCCCCCUGGGAGUUUCAGGGGCAGCAGCUGCGGAGAGGGCAGUGCGCAGAGCUGUCUGGCUGCGCCUCCGUGUAGGAGGUGGGGGGGGAGGGGAGGAUAGACAUCUUGAUGCUUCUGGGAGCUGCUUGAGGUAGGCACUGCCCGGAGCAUGCACCACUGACCCCUCAUGCACCGCAAUCCCCUGCCCUCUAAACCCCUUAUCCCCAGCCCCACCACAGAGCAUGCACCCCCAGCUGGAGCCCUCACACCCCCCCAACCCUCUGCUCCAACCCAGAGUCCCUCCCCUGAACACCUCAUUUCUGGCCCCACCCUGGAACCUGCACCCCCAGCCCAGAGCCCGUACACUCCAUCCCACACCCCAACCCCCUGCCUCAGUCCGGAGCCCCCUCACCCCCCCCCCCCCCGCCAAUGUCCAUCACUAAGUCCAGUAAUUUUGUCAAGUGUCUGUCAUGCAACAUGGUGGUGCUGACCCCUGACUAUAACAUGAAACUCAGGAGAUCCAUGGACCCUUUGUUUUCUCCCUAUGGGAAAGUACAAUAUGGCACCAUACAGGAACUGUUAAACCUGAAAAUCCCUUUCUUUGUAAACCUUAUUACCAGUAUGUGCUAACUGAAAAAAAGGAAGCAAUUCCAAAUAUUUUCAAGCAGACUGGAAUUAUAGCAGUCAGAACAGGGAAGGGAAAAUAAAUAGUUUUAAAAAAACUCAAACACUAUGAAACUGGAGCAUAUGCAAAGUUCUGUUUCAUUCAGUGAAUGGAGUCAGGAAGAGGAGUUGAUUCCUUAUCAACAGGUAACAGGUACUAACAGUAUUAGUAUAUAAACUCAGGAACUUCAGCGUGGAUUACACUGUAAUUGACACCAUGUGAUCUAGAUAAAUUUACAUGACUAUUUAAUAAAACCAUAUUUACAGUUCAAAAAAGUUCCAGUUUGAUACAUGUACUUAAACAAAAUUUGAUAAUCAUACGUAAAAACAAACAUGGUAUACAGAGAGUGUCAGUAGUUCUUUACAUAUCAUUCUAGUAUUUAAAACAUUCAAAAAUAGAAGCCAUUAUAAAGUACCUUUCAAAAUGAAGUUCUUUACUAAAUGAUACAUUUUGACUAUUACUGAUUGAAGAUGCAAAAUAUUUUGUUUUACUGUAAAGUGCAGGUUGCACAAAAUCCCAAACCAGGUUGCAGUCUUCCUAGUUUCUCUUAUUUGCUGCAUGUAAAGUGAAAGUUGCAUACUUCUAAAUUAUUGCAGCAUUUUCAUUUUUUUAAACCUUGGGAGGG